AUGAACGCCUCAUCCAGGUACUUUCCCCAACGUAUUCUUGAAUAAAAGUCAUUGAAGGGAGAAGCCGGUGUUCACGGCGUGGAAUCUGGCAAGCGCAUCUUCUGGACUACGAAUCUUUGAGACUGUCCAUUACUACUAGUCUUCGGCGUCACAAAGAAUAUUUUCAGAUUGGAUCACUAUUUUCGCUUGGGCUCAUCGGAGCUGUCGGCUCUCAUUUCUCUCCUACCUACGCGGCAUUGGUGUCCUGCACCGCCGGCACAAUCAUUUCAUCAGUCUUCGUCGUCAUUUUCGCUUUCAACCUACACAACUCCACUCCCGGCAUACAGUGGAUUCUCUGGGUGAAAAUAUUCGCAAAAAUUUGGCUGAUUGAUGUAAAAAAAAAAAACCCACUUUCAAGAGUGGGACAAUAUGAACAAUAUGAAUUUUGGAAAUUCAAAAGCAAAGAAGCCCAUUUAUUUUCGUUGAGUUCAGAUUAAUCAGGAAAAUAUCUUUUCGGGAAUUGUGGCGAGAUCUCACAGGGAAAGUCAUUUUACUUUACGGUUGGGAACUUCUUGAAAAUUGGUCAGAACACUUUUUGAUGUACCAGAAGAAGAUUCUGAAAGUCUCAAUCUGCAAAACUUCUCAGUUCUCAAGAAACAAGGGUCUAAAGCCCCAAAAUAGCUAAUUUUAAUGGAUUUUGAACGUUUUCUUUGAACUUGCAGCGUCUUUUCACAGAAUGCAGGUUGAGGCUUUCAGAAUCUUCUUCUGGUACAUCAGGGCGUAUUUUGGCCAAUUUUCAAGAAGUUCCCAACCUCAAAGUGAAAUGACCUCCCUUUUCAGACAACUCGAGAAGCACAGAAAUGGAAAUGUCCAAACUUUUUUUUAUAACACAUUCGCCAGAAUUUGAGGCAAUCUGAGAUGUCUGCUAUAUCUUACGAGACUCUAGAAGCCAAGGAGGAAUAAAUCGCAGAGCGACAAUCCUGUUUCAGCUUUUGGCGCGUUAUAUUUUUCUGUGAAAAGUAUUUUCCUUAUGGUUUGAUUGAAAAAGUGAACUGCCAACUCUGAAUGGGAUCGAUUGCCACACAAUCCUGGUAUAGUCAAUUCAUCCAGACUUGUAAGGCGAGAGAGGCGGGACGCGUAGCGUGUGCGUAUGCGGUUCAAUUCAAGCGCCACCGACGAUUUAAAAAGCUCAACAACCGCUUUUUUUGUAUCUAUUCCACUAUUUUUGAAUGAAAAAAUGAAGAAAAUCAAGUUAAAAAAGAUGAAAAGAGCGAUAAACGAAGUCUCCAAAUAAUCGCUGACGGUUAGAUUGGAAUCGUGCCAAGAACCGCACGCUACGCAUCCCGUCUUUCAAGUCGGGAAAAAUUGAAUAUGGACAGAAAGCUGAUCCAUCUCUGCUUUGUGAAUCAAACAGUUCAGGAGUCAAUCUACACCGGAGCGAUGGCUUUUCUAUUCCUAAUCAACACGACGACUAUGUUCUACAGCAGCCUUCGCUGGCAGCACACUGCCUGGUGGUUUUCUUUCGUGAGUACCAUUUCAAGUGCCAUUUUUAUUCUCUUUGAACAGGUGAGCUGCGCACUGGUCACUUUGGCUUUUGUCGGCGACUGGUUUCUUCUUUUACGGCUUCAAAACCGCAACCCGACAGCAAAACAUAGUCAAGACGAUUUCCUCUCAUAA